GGCAUUUGAUACCUUUUGGUUAGCUGUCUUUGUGUUGCUGCUAGAUGAGAAAGAUUGAAUCUCUUGCUUGCCAUUACUUUUCGCAUGUUGAAGCCCUUGAGAUUCUUCUUCAGGGUCUUUGUGGUGUUCGCAGAGAACCUUUGAAGGUCCAUGAGAUAUGCCUUAAAAGUGGCCCAAACUUAGGAGCUGUACCUUCUGAGGUUCGACUUAUUUGCAAUCUUGAACAAACUGAACCUACAUGGAUUGUGAGGUUCGUGGGGGGUGCGAUGAGAGGUGCAGGUGCUGACCAACUCUCAGUUUUAGUAAGAACUAUGAUCGAAAGCAAAGCAAGCAAGAAUGUGCUUCGCUUAUUUUAUGCACUUGGCUACAAGUUGGAUCAUGAGUUACUGAGAGUAGGGUUUGCGUUCCAUUUCUAGAGAGGUACACAGAUGACUGUGACUGUGUCAUCAGUUAAUAAGAUGCCACAACUACACAAUACAGAUGAAGCUGUCCCUGUAACUCCCGGGAUACAGUUGGUUGAAGUUACAGCCCCUGCAUCAUCUGAAACUUAUACUGAAGUUGCGUUGGCAGUGUCAUCAUUUUGCGAAUAUCUUGCACCGCUCCUGCAUUUGUCAAAACCAGGAAUUUCAACUGGGGUUGUUCCUACUGCCGCUGCUGCUGUCGCAUCUCUCAUGUCUGAUGGUGGGGGUACUACCUUAUAGCAGAAGUUGUAAAUUUCCUUCAAAUUUUGUAUUUACUGUUAUAGUGAUGACUUGCUGGUUUAACAAUAGUUGGUAAUCAUAACUGCUUGUCAAACUUGAUAAAGAUAUACCACAGUAGUUUCUCAUUGCUAAAACUUAAGAGGUGUGCUGGUGACAGUUACUCAUCACCUGCAAAGUCAAUAAUCAUAACUAUGUUUUUUAUAUGUUUUUCCAAGCAUCUACUGCAUACUAGAAAGGACUAUCAUUUGCUAGUAUGCUGAAUCAUCGACAGGUGUUGGCAAUAGUUUCUUUCGU